ACCGAGGCGAGACAACGCCAAAUUCCCGUUUGAUAGCGCUCAGUUUAUACAGCAUUCGAUACUCCAUGGAUUCGUAUCAUUUCAUUGUACUUCGCUGUCGAAAUCAUAAACUAUCUUUUCGUGAAGAGGAGCCGUAACAAUGGCCCCGACGGAGCUAGAACUCAAGAAGCGCCGAACGAGAAAGGAGUAUUUAUUCCACUUAGAAUAUCGAACAAGAUGGUCCGACAACGAUAUGUACGCCCACCUAAACAAUAGCAUAUACGCCUUUCUCAUCGACUCUAUUGUAAAUACCUAUCUAAUAAACCACUGUGGGCUGGAUCCUUUCUCUACUCGCUCUUCUACUCCUCCUCGCCCCUCAUCCUCCAGCACCUCAAGUUCCACUCCUGCAGCCCGACCUUCCCAAAUCGGCCUCGUCGUCUCCUCAUAUUGUGACUAUUUUGCUUCCGUUUCGUUUCCAGAUGUCCUAGACCUAGGCCUGCGCGUUAUCAAACUUGGCAGUUCAAGCGCGAUGUAUGAAGUUGGCAUUUUCCGCCGCGGGGAAGAGACUGUUAAAGCUGUCGGUGGAUUUACGCACGUGUUUGUUGAGAAGGAGCCUGAAGUGAAGACCGGGGGCGGAGGUGGAGGUAGAGCGUCUAGGAAAGGAAUGGAUGGAAGGAUUCGAAGCGGCCUGGAGAAGUUGAUGAUAAAUGAUGUGGCAGGAUCAUCAAAGCUCUGAUGGCUUGGCCAAGUGAAGCGCUGUGUGGUUUGAUGUAAUUAUACCCCUGGGCUGAAAGUGGGAUAUAGAAGUUUUGGCGUAUGGUAAUGUAAUAUCAUAUUGAUACCAAAAAUGGCUACAUGUAAAUCAAUUGAAGUUAGCGAUAUCAACGACAUUUAAUACUCCUGUCUAUGUAUAUCUAUCUGCCUUUGUUGCGGCAGUCAUCUACAAUUUAAAGCCACCCAUCGGCCUUGCGACCAUGCAAGGCCCUUUGGAUAAAUUGUUUCCGUUUAGCUUUAUCACAAUAACUAACACCUAAUUCCCCGGAUUUGAAACGCAAAGGUAUCUUAUCUAUUCACA